AGGGGGCGCCGCGGGCGGGCGAUGUGAGCGCGGCGCUCUGGGCAGAGUACGCUUCAUGUCAGUAGAAAUGGACAGCAGCAGUUUUAUUCAGUUUGAUGUGCCCGAGUACAGCAGCACCGUUCUGAGCCAGCUAAAUGAACUCCGCCUGCAAGGGAAACUAUGUGACAUCAUUGUACACAUUCAGGGUCAGCCAUUCCGAGCCCACAAAGCAGUCCUUGCUGCCAGCUCCCCAUAUUUCCGGGACCAUUCAGCAUUAAGUACCAUGAGUGGCUUGUCAAUAUCAGUGAUUAAAAAUCCCAAUGUGUUUGAGCAGUUGCUUUCUUUUUGUUACACUGGAAGAAUGUCCUUGCAGCUGAAGGAUGUUGUCAGUUUUCUGACAGCAGCCAGCUUUCUUCAGAUGCAGUGUGUCAUUGACAAGUGCACGCAGAUCCUAGAGAGCAUCCAUUCCAAAAUCAGCGUUGGAGAUGUUGACUCUGUUACUGUCGGUGCUGAAGAGAAUCCCGAGAGUCGAAACGGAGUGAAAGACGGCAGCUUCUUUGCCAACCCAGUGGAGAUCUCUCCUCCAUAUUGCUCUCAGGGACGGCAGCCCACCGCAAGCAGUGACCUCCGGAUGGAGACAACCCCCAGCAAAGCUUUGCGCAGCCGCUUACAGGAGGAGGGGCACUCAGACCGUGGGAGCAGUGGGAGCGUUUCUGAGUAUGAGAUUCAGAUAGAGGGGGACCAUGAGCAAGGAGACCUAUUGGUGAGGGAGAGCCAGAUCACCGAGGUGAAAGUGAAGAUGGAGAAGUCCGACCGGCCCAGCUGUUCCGACAGCUCCUCCCUGGGUGACGAUGGGUACCACACUGAGAUGGUUGACGGGGAACAAGUUGUGGCAGUGAAUGUGGGUUCCUAUGGUUCUGUGCUCCAGCAUGCAUACUCCUAUUCCCAAGCAGCCUCACAGCCAACCAAUGUAUCAGAAGCUUUUGGAAGUUUGAGUAAUUCCAGCCCAUCCAGGUCCAUGCUGAGCUGUUUCCGAGGAGGGCGUGCCCGCCAGAAGCGGGCUUUGUCUGUCCACCUGCACAGUGACCUGCAGGGCCUAGUGCAGGGCUCUGACAGUGAAGCCAUGAUGAACAACCCGGGGUAUGAGAGCAGUCCCCGGGAGAGGAGUGCAAGAGGGCAUUGGUACCCGUACAAUGAGAGGUUGAUCUGUAUUUACUGUGGAAAGUCCUUCAACCAGAAAGGAAGCCUUGACAGGCACAUGCGACUCCAUAUGGGAAUCACCCCCUUUGUGUGCAAGUUCUGCGGGAAGAAAUACACACGGAAGGACCAACUGGAGUACCACAUCCGGGGCCAUACAGAUGAUAAACCAUUUCGCUGUGAGAUCUGCGGGAAGUGCUUUCCAUUCCAAGGUACCCUCAACCAGCACCUGCGGAAAAACCACCCGGGCGUUGCUGAAGUCAGGAGUCGCAUUGAGUCCCCUGAGAGAACAGAUGUGUACGUGGAACAGAAACUAGAAAAUGAUGCAUCAGCCUCAGAGAUGGGCCUAGAUUCCCGGAUGGAAAUUCACACAGUGUCUGAUGCUCCCGAUUAAGAUGGUAAAGAAGUGCACCCAAACAAAGCACAUUAAUCAAUGCAUAUUUGUGAUUUGCUUUGUUAUAAUCUUUGGUUUUCCCAACCAUCUGGAAAUCUCUUGGUCUCUUGGCAGUUUUUCGAAAGUUUCUGGAUGGAACACUUCGUUGUGUUUAUCCUUUCCCCUGCCCUCCCUCCCCGAAGGAGCUCAAAGCAUGAAGGGCAACGCAUCCAGGGAAAACACAGGCUGACAGUAUUCCUCUUUGGCUGAACUCUUAAUCCAAAAUCUGCCAGUGAUUUAGCUAUGCCAACUGGUUGACCCUCCUUUCU